AUGAGUGAGUUUGCCGGAUCUCAAGCUAAUUUAAAUCAAUCGCAAGCUUUUGCUGCCGCACUGCAACGUGCUAAACAGAUAGCCGCAAAAAUACAGCCAAACACCGCUCAGCAAGCUGGUGGAGGAGUCUCGAGCGGUCCGGGACCCUCACCUACUUCAAAUGCCGGUUUUAAACGUUCUCAUGAUGACAGUGAUUCUGGUCCUGAAAUAAAGCGUUUUACUAGUCCUGGCCUUGAUUACAACAAUUCCAAUGGGAGCAGUGUUGGAGGUGGCGGUAGUAACGCCGGUUCUACGAAUAUUUCUCAGGCUCUCGCACAGGCAACGGCAGUGGCGCAGCGGUUAGCCGCUACUGCUGGUACUACGGUUGAAGAGCAAAUUCGCAUUCCUGAGGCACUUGUCAAUUCCGUUUUGGGGCGUGGUAGCACAGAGACCAUUACCCAAAUUCAGGGUGAAUCUGGUUGUAAAGUACAGCUAUCACAAGAUCAAGAUCGUGUUAUUACUUUGCGUGGUUCACGCGAAACUGUAACUAAAGGUCGUGAGUUAUUCCAACAAUUAUCCAAUCGCAAUGGUGGCGGUAAUAUCGAGGUGGUAUUAACCAUAAAUAUGCCACCGCCAGGACCUACAGGUUUUCCACCAUACCAAGAAAUUAUGAUACCAGGCACCAAAGUUGGUUUGGUUAUCGGCAAAGGUGGCGAUACCAUUAAACAAUUGCAGGAAAAAACUGGCGCAAAAAUGGUCAUUAUACAGGAUGGACCAAAUCAGGAAAUUAUAAAACCUCUACGUAUCUCGGGAGAUCCACAAAAAAUUGAACAUGCAAAACAAGCUGUACUUGAUUUGAUUGCUCAAAAAGAUUUACAAGCUGCUGCGCUUGCAGCUCGUAAUAAUGGUGGUAGUGUACAAGGUAAUGGCGGCGGCGGCGGUGGGGGCAGUGGUGGUUAUAACUUCGGUAACACUGGAGAGCAGUGUGAAGUGUUUGUACCGAAAAUUGCUGUCGGUGUUGUUAUUGGCAAGGGUGGAGACAUGAUACGUAAAAUACAGACUGAAUGUGGCUGCAAGCUGCAAUUCAUACAAGGAAAGAAUGAUGAACCGGGCGAUAGACGGUGCCUUAUACAAGGCACACGGCAGCAAGUUGACGACGCUAAACGUAUGAUCGACGGGCUUAUUGAGAAUAUGAUGCAAAGGCAACAACGCAGUGGCAAUAGUAGUAGUAAUGGUAAUAUGGAUGGCAACAAUUCCAACUACGGUUACGGUUAUGGUGUAAAUCACGCACAACAACCGCCACGCGAAGAAAUAACCUUCAUGGUACCCUCUUCCAAAUGCGGUAUCGUAAUUGGUCGCGGUGGUGAGACUAUAAAGCUUAUAAAUCAACAAUCUGGUGCCUAUUGCGAAAUGGAUCGUAAUGCUGUAAAUCCACCUUCGGAGAAAUUAUUCAAGUGCAAAGGAACUUCGGAACAAGUUGAAGCUGCACGACAAAUGAUUGCCGAAAAGAUCAAUAUGGAAUUGCCAAUUAUUGCACGUAAACCCAUCAGUGGUAACAUACCUGGACAACAUAAUAAUCAAGGUGGUUAUGGACAAAAUCCCAUGCAAAAUGAUCCCAACGCCGCUGCAGCUGCAUACCAACAGCAAUGGGGUGGCUAUGCACAGGGUUGGGGUGAUCAAAAUCAACAACAACAAAUGAUGAUGGGCGGUGCUGCUAUGGGUCAAAAUGCAGCAGCCGCAGCUGGUGGACAGCAAGCAGAUUAUUCAGCGCAAUGGAUUGAGUAUUACAAAUCAAUGGGUUUAAUGCGAGAAGCUGAAAUGAUUGAACAACAGCUGAAGGCAAAACAAGCUGGUGCAAGUGCUGGCCAACAAAUGGGUGGCAUGCCACAACAACAGCAACAGGCUCAACCACAGCAACAACAACAACAACAGCAGCAGCAACAACAACAGCAACAACAUCAAUCUCAACAAGGUGGCGGUGGAGCGGAUUAUAGUGCUCAAUGGGCUGAGUAUUAUCGCAGUAUAGGCAAAAUAGCCGAAGCGGAAGCCAUCGAGAAAAAUAUGAAGCAAGGUCAAAAUGGUCAAGCAAAUGCAGCUGGAGGUGGUGGUGGCGCUAACAAUUCAGCAGCUGGCGGUAAUGCUAAUAGUGUCGCAAAUAGUAACGCCGGUGCGCCAAAUAAUGCCGCUGACGGUGGUGGUAAUAAUGCAGCAAUGCAAGGUAUGACACCAAGUCAAUAUGCGCAGUAUUCGCAAUAUUACGCCGCUCAAGCAAGUCAGGCGGCAGGUGGCGCUGCACCCGGCUAUCCACAACAAGCGGCUUAUGGGGGCUAUGGCGCACCUGGAGGUGGUUAUCCAGGAGCGCCACAGCCCAACAUGACGCCCGGUAAUAUGGGUGGCGGUCCAAAUGCCGCCAAUCAGAAUAAGCAGAACAAAGGCGAUAAAAAUUAAUUUAAAUAGUCAAAAAUUAAUAAUAAUAAUACCUAAAAAAUAAACAAAAAAUACAAUAUACCACAUAUGAGUGUGUAGCGGAGUGACAGCGGUGACGGUGUGACUGAUUUAAAUGUGUAGCAGAGAAAUGUGUGGCGCUUAUGUGUGCUGCGAUUGCAGGCAAACAGUGAAAAAAAUACGAAGCAGUUGAAAAAUUCAAAGGCAAUGCCUAAAAUGCAAUUUCAUGCUGCUUAAAUUAUUUAAAUGAAAAAAAAAAACCAAACCAAAUUUAUGUAAACGAAGAAUUAAAGCAAACUAAAUAAUAGUAAAAUGUAAACGUUAUGUGUGUUUCGUGCAAAAUUAAAAUAUAAUAAUAUAUAUUUUGAAGUAAAAAUGUUAAAAAUGUAUUUGAAAAAAAAAAAAAUAAUAAUAAUAAUAAUAAUAAUAAUCUCAAGGAAAGUGUUCAAUCGUAGACAAAUUGAAACUUUUAAUAAACACGAUUCUAGCUAAUUGAAAAUUUUCAUAGUAA